CGAGAGUUGUGUUUGCGGUGUGUAGUGUGGAGCGCGUUUCAAAAACCGCUACAGCUAACUGAAUAUUUAAUUUUAGUUUUCUUAAAGUAAGGACGGAAAAUCGUGUAUGCCUUACCAGACAUAACAAGUACAGCAGUUGCACAAACAUCCGAGUGAUAAAAGUGAAUGACACUGGACGAUUACAUUCGGUUUAUGUGAUUUGAUUUUUUUUUUUUUUGGAAACACUGAUUUGAUAUGAGUGUAAAGUGUGGAAAUUUCAAUGUGAUUCGAUAAUUUGUUUAAACUGAGUGGCCCCUAAAUGCCUGAACGCGUGAGAAACGGCUGCCAUGUGCCGAAUUGUGUGGAGGUUAUUGUGUAGGACAAUGUGCCAUGGAUAUUUGCUACUCUUCUUCAUCACUCUUCUGCAGCUGCUGCAGUGCACGUGCGGGUCGGGCUUUUUCGAGCUGCAGAUCCUGGAGAUUGCCAACUACCGGAGCGAGCUGGCGUCGGGCGCCUGCUGCGGGUCAGAGUCUCGGCCCGACAGUUCGGUGCCUUGCCCACGUCAAUGCAGCACGUCCUUCCGCGUCUGCCUCAAGGAGUACCAGAGCAACGUCACUUCCACCGGAUCCUGUUCUUUCGGCAACACUUCCAGCCCCGUGCUCGGCGGCAGCUCCUUCACCCUCGCAGACCCGGACCACGCUAAUGGCAAGCUGGUCGUGCCGUUCAUCUUCCGCUGGACGAGAUCCUUCACGCUCAUCCUCCAGGCUGUGGACCAUGACAACUACUCCGUACCGGCUACGAACCGCGUCAUCGAAGAGGCUACCUAUUCGGGGAUUAUCCUGCCCAGUGCGGACUGGCACACGUUGAACUUUAACGGGAACACGGCACGCAUCACGUAUCGCGUCAGGGUCCAGUGCGACCUGCAUUACUUCAACUCUACUUGCACCAAGUUCUGUCGCCCUCGAGAUGACAAGUUUGGGCACUACAGGUGUGACAAGGCCGGCGACAAGGAGUGCAUCUCGGGCUGGAGGGGAGUCAACUGCGAGAUUGCUGUAUGCAAAACUGGCUGCCACCCGAUCCAUGGCAAGUGCGACCAACCUGGGGAUUGCGAGUGUCGUCCGGGCUGGCGAGGUGAAUUCUGUGAUCAGUGCACGCCAUAUCCAGGCUGCAAGCACGGAUAUUGCAAUGGAUCUUCUUGGCAGUGCAUCUGUGACACGAACUGGGGCGGAAUUCUCUGUGAUCAAGACCUGAACUACUGUGGAACCCACGAACCUUGUCAGAACGGAGGAACGUGCGAAAACACAGCACCUGACCAGUAUCUGUGCACCUGCCCUGAAGGGUUCUCUGGACUCAACUGCGAGGUGGUGGACAACCCCUGCGCCACUGCCCCCUGUGGGAACGGUGGGACGUGUCAAGAGACCGGAGGGCAGUACCACUGCACGUGUGCUUCAGGCUGGACGGGGUCCACGUGUCGCGUCAACGUGGACGAAUGUGCUUCUGCUCCGUGUCAAAAUGGUGGCACCUGUGUUGACUUGGUGGAUAGUUUUCGAUGUAUUUGUCCAUCUGGUUGGGAAGGCAAUUCUUGCCAGUUUGAUGCAGAUGAAUGUCAGGGAAGACCCUGUAUCAAUGCUUACUCAUGCCUGAAUCUGGUUGGGGACUAUAGAUGCAAGUGCCAAAAGGGCUGGGCUGGAAAAAACUGUGACCAGAACAUCAAUGAUUGCGUGGGGCAGUGCCAGCAUGGAGCUACAUGCAUUGAUCUGGUCAAUGACUACCACUGUGCCUGCCAGCCUGGAUACACAGGUCGUGACUGCCACACGGACAUUAAUGACUGUGAAAGCAAUCCGUGCCGUAAUGGUGGAGAGUGCUCAGAUCAAGUAAAUGGCUACCGUUGCAUCUGUCCUGUGGGGUUUACUGGUGACCAGUGUGAGGUGGAUCAUGACCAUUGCAGUCCAAAUCCAUGUGAUAAUGAUGCUCCAUGCUUUAACACACAAGCAGACUAUUACUGCCAUUGUCCAGAGAACUGGGAAGGAAAGAACUGUAGCAUGCCUCGUCUGCAAUGCAGCAGCCCUCCAUGUGAAGUGGUUGACAGCUGUACAGUUCCAGCACCAUCUAAUGCAAGUAAUAAUGGUGCAGUACUGGUCUCUUCAGGAAUUUGUGGAGACCAUGGGAGUUGCGUCAGCCAACCUGGAGGAGGCUUCAGGUGUUCAUGUGACCAAGGCUAUACUGGGAAAUACUGUCAUGAAAAUAUAAAUGACUGCAAGCUGAACCCCUGUCAGAAUGGAGGAACAUGUGUUGAUAAAGUUAACUCCUACCAAUGUAUCUGCAAAGAAGGCUGGGAAGGAGAAAUCUGCGGCAUUAAUAAAGAUGAAUGCUCCCCCAACCCAUGUCGGAACAAUGGAAGCUGUACAGACAGUGUAGCCGAUUUCCUAUGCUCGUGUCGUGAUGGAUGGAAAGGGAAAACUUGUAACCUGAAGGACAGUCACUGCGAUCGAAGUACUUGCCGUAAUGGUGGCACCUGCCAGGAUUUGGGUGACACUUAUGUGUGCCGUUGCCCACCAGAAUGGGAAGGCACAACAUGUCACAUUGCUAAAACACAUGCAUGUAAGUCCAAUCCUUGCCAGAAUGGUGCCACAUGUGUUAAUACCGGUGACUUCUACUCGUGUAUUUGCAAAGAAGGCUUUGAAGGCCAGCACUGCCAACAUGACAUAAAUGACUGUAAUCCACCACCAUGCUUUAAUGGUGGUAAUUGUGUAGAUGGCAUUAAUUGGUUCCUGUGUGAAUGUGCGGCAGGAUUUACAGGUCCAGACUGCAGAAUUAACAUUAAUGAAUGUGCAUCUAAUCCUUGUGGAUUUGGAAGCACAUGCAUAGAUGGCAUUGGCAAGUUCAGCUGUGUCUGUCCUCCUGGACGCAAAGGUGUCCGCUGUGAAGAAGUGGAGGAAAUGGCAUACCUACGAGGAGUGUGUUUAUGGAAAGGACAGUAUUUUACACACAAUGCCACAUGGCAGCAAGACUGUAACACAUGCAUAUGUGUAGCUUCUGCAGUGAGUUGUACACAAGUGUGGUGUGGCUUAGGGAACUGCCUUAGUCAUCCUAACCUCACUGUCGGCUCUGUUGUGUGCCAGUCAAAUCAGGUGUGUGUACCAUCACCACGUGAAGCAUGCCUCACACCCUCCUGUGCACCAUGGGGUGAAUGCCGUGAUCUGGAGAGUGGAAAGCGUGUGGGACCACCCUCACUGCCUGCACCUCCCACCUGCUGGCCAAAUCAAGCAGUACUCAGUAACUCUUGUGCUCGCCUCACAUUGCUGCUAGACAGAGCUCAGCUCCCACGAGGCGUCACCACUGAAGGCCUCUGCAUGGAACUACGCCAUCUUGUGGCCUCACAUCAAGCAGCCAUUGGUGCUUCUCACCGCCUUGUCCUGCUCUGUGACCUGAAGCAAGGUUACAAUGAUACGCUUGAAGUCACCAUGUCCUCGUUGUCACCUACAUCAGGUCCAGAAGAAAACCGAGCAGUGACAGAAGGGAUCCGAGUCCUGGGAGAAUUCAUCAGCCGGAAGCAAACUAACCUAUCAGCUCUUACAUCUAUUGUGGAAGUAAAAGUUGAGACUGCACUUGUCAGUGAAGAAAAACAAGGAAAUGGAUAUUUAAUAGCACUUAUCUGCAUAAUCCUCAUUAUCCUGUUUGCUGUCGGUGUGGGUGGUUUAUAUUAUUGGCACCAGAUGUUAAGACAAAGACAUGGAUCAGGAACUCUGACAGGUUCAACAACCCUAGGAGGACCUUGUCAUCGGCAUCAUGAUGAUGAGAAAUCCAACAAUCUUCAGAAUGAAGAGAACUUGCGGCGUUAUGCAAACCCUUUGAAAGAUGAAGCUGGGUCUACAAUGGUGGGAAGUGCUUCAAGCAAAGUAGGGCCAGGAGUAGGGUCAGGUGUUGAAGGUUCGGGAACAUCCGAUCUACCACGAGUUAGUGUUGUAAGACCACUGUCAUCUACCACAGGACCAGGUGAACCACCAGGAACAGGGAGUGGAGCAGAAAUGCUGGAACUGAUGUAG